AAUUCACUCAUUCCAGGUUUCCAACAGCAUUUACGUGAAGAGGGUACGUUGCUGCCAAAAGCUGCUGCUAUAACGAUGGGUGGAUUAGCCGGCUUCGUUCUCUCUUUGAAAAGAUCUGGAUUCCGUCGAGUCGUGUAUCCAACUGCCGGUCUUCUGACGAUGGCUGCGUUCUGUUAUCCACAUGAAACAGUGCAUAUCAUAAGGACCGGUAUCGCGCACACUCAAAUGGCUUGGUAUAACUUCCGAGAAUCACCCGAGCCAACAGAGCCGGCAAAACAUGAUUUUAGUCCUCCGAAGCAGUGA